AUGUCGACGAAAGCCAGAUUCUCCGCCGCCUCGAACGGCGCAAAACCACCGAGAAAGAAGGAGAAGCCAUCGCCGGUGUCAAAACCGACCUCUCUCUCGUCACUUCCUUACGAGUUGUUACUGAAUUGCAUAGCCCGCAUUUCCAGGUUGUACUAUCCAACACUCUCACUCGUCUCCAAGAGUUUUAGAUCCAUCGUUGCUUCACCGGAGCUUUACCGGACCAGAUCACGCUUAGACCGCACCGAGAAUUGUCUCUACCUGUGCUUACGCUAUCCUGUUAACCAGCAAGACUGGUUUACUCUCUGUCGGAAACCUGACCGAACCGUAACCAACGAGUCAAGUGGCUAUCAAUUCAUCCCAAUCCCAUCUCCUUGUUUGCCUGUUGUGCGAUCGUCGAGUAUCGUAGCCGUCGAUUCCAAAAUCUACAUAACCGGCGGGUAUGAGCACUCAUCAUCCAGUGUCUCGGUCCUUGAUUGUCGGUUCAACACGUGGCAAGAGGCUCCAAGCAUGCGAGUGAAGCGGAGCGGUGACUCCACAGCGAGCUUAGUUGAUGGGAAGAUAUAUGUAGCAGGAGGCUGCGAAGAAGACGUCAGUUCCUCCAACUGGGUCGAGGUGUUUGAUCCAAAGACGCAAACUUGGGAAAAUGUGUGGACCCCUGAAACGGAUAUACGCAAUGAUGUUGCACUCAGAAGCAUGGGACUUGGUGGAAAACUCUACGUGGUUACGUCUGGGGGUGAGUUUGUAGCUUACGAUCCGAAGGAAGCUAGAUGGAAUUGGAAGCCAAUAGCAACGGAUAUGAGUAUGGCUGCUACGAUAUUCUUUUCCUAUGGCGUGAUAGGCAACGUCUUGUUCAAACUUUGGAAUAAGGGAGUGUUCCGUUGGUAUGACUGUAAGACAAGCUUGUGGAAGAUACUGAAGGGUAUUGAAGGAUUGCCUGAUUUGAACGUCCGUAAGUUUUGUGGAAUAGUGGAUUUUGGUGGAAAGAUGGCUGUUUUGUGGGAUGAUGAUUGUUUUGAAGACACUGUUAAAACUGUUUGGUGUGCUGUGAUUGCUCUUGAAAGGCGCAAUGGGGAUGAGAUUUGGGGGAAGGUUGAGUGGAUGGAUGUUGUGUUUAGAGACCACAAUUCAUCUCGCUUGUACAUUGCGGAUGUUUUUUCUGCUUCUGUUUGAUGAAAUGCAUGCUCAUGAGAAGUGGCUUUUAAGGGUUAUUGCCUCCAAAUUUCAGUUCAUUUAUUCUGUCUAUAAUGAAUGAUUGUUUCAUGUUUUUAGCGGAUUUGGAGCUUUUGUAUUUUGUAACGGUGACCAAAAUGUCUC